GCCUCCUGCCAGGGGCCUGGGCCUGGCUCCCCGCCGCUCCCCCGCGGAGGGCUCAGGUUGCCCUCCUUGGAAACAGGAUCCUCGACCAAACAUUACCUCGGGGCAGAGCUCAGCCGUGGGGCAGGCACUGCAGGGAGCCGGUGCAGGUUGAUCGCUCAGCAGGUCAUGUCAGUUCGUCCAGAUCUUCAUCAGCACUAUGUUCAGUCCUGCCAAAGCUUGGGCCAUCCUGAAAACCCCUUCAUUGCUCAUGUGCUUCAAGAAGUUGAUAAAGAUGAUAAAAUCAAAGGGACAAAAGGGCUCACAGUGAAAAUAGCUGGAAAUAAUCGUCUUGUGCCUGUGCAGAGAGUUACAGAUGAUGAUCUUCAAGUUCUUGGCUCUGUCUUACACGAUUCUGCGUUUGUCACAGGUUUGGAUCUUAGGUGUAACGUAUUGACUGAUGCUGGAGCAAAGCAUGUGGCAACAUUCCUCCAGGAAAACUCCAAUCUGCGCUACCUUAACCUGAUGUUUAAUGAUAUUGGCACAAGUGGAGCAGAGCUGAUAGCAACAGCGCUCCGUAGGAAUGAAACUCUUAGGUAUUUGAGAAUGACUGGAAACAAAAUAGGAAACGAAGGUGGGAUGUUCUUUGCUUCAAUGCUGCAAAUCAAUUCAACCUUAGAGAAGCUGGAUCUUGGAGACUGUGAUGUGGGUACCCAGUGUCUAAUAGCCAUAGCAACAGCCCUGACUCAGAACCAAUCACUCAAAGCAAUUAACUUAAAUCGUCCUUUACUGUACAGCCAAGAGGAAGAGACCACAGUUCACAUAGCUCUGAUGUUGAAAACCAACCCUUCUCUUGUGGAGCUACACUUGUGCAAGCAUGAAAUGAAAAACUUUGGUGUAGAGCGACUGUGUGAGGCACUGUAUGAAAACUCCAGCCUGAGAUACCUUGAUCUUGGCUGUAAUAAAAUCAGCCGUGAUGGUGUAAAGUUUCUGGGAGAACUACUAAAACGGAACCAAACCCUGGAAAUCCUAGACCUUGGUGCAAACAGAAUAGAAGAUGCUGGAGCCAUCUACCUGAGUGAAGCCUUGGCUUGGUACAACAGGACUCUUCGAGCGUUGUCAGUGGUAAACAAUGGUCUAAGUGGCAAAGGACUGGUGCCUCUUUCAGAUGCAAUGAAAACAAACAGGGAGCUUUCCUAUAUUUACAUCUGGGGGAACAAACUGGAUGAAGCCACCUGUGUGGCAUUUUCAGACUUGAUUCAGACAGGCCGCCUGAAACCUAAUUGUACAGACGUGAACCCAUACGAGGUGGAUGGGCAUGUUCACCUUGCAGAGCUCUCCCACGGCCUUCAGAAGCAUUACUACUGGACACCAAGCUGGGGGGAGGAGACAAACAAAGAUGCUAAUGCCAGUCUGGCAAUUGCAGCUGUUACAGAGUACCUGUGAAUGAGGUAGUAGCUUGAUGCGCUCUGUGUGCCUCGGCUUUCCCUGUCUGUUUUGAGUAAAAUAUUAUCAGUAUCAAACUUGCUGCAUGUUUCUUCAGGGUCUUUGGUCUAGAAGGAAGAAGAAGAAAUUCUUCACAGAAAGAGUGAUUGGCCAUUGGAAUGGGCUGCCCAGGGAGGUGGUUGAGUCACCAUCACUGGAAGUGUUUAGGAAGAGACUGGAUGGGGCACUUAGUGCCAUGGUUUAGCUGAUC